GUGUGUGUGUGUGUGUGUGUGAGAGAGAGAGAGAGAGAGAGAGAGAGAGAGAGAGAGAGAGAGACUCUGCGUUUAUCUCCUUUCAUGUUUGUUAGAGCUGAUGUGAGCACAAGAGGAGAGCGGUUUGUGUGUUCAGGGGAUGUGACUCUACAUCCAUCACAGUCACUUCCUGUGUGCUGAUAUGUUUCUUUGUUGGAUGACAAAGCGUUGGUUGCCAUGGUGCCCAGAAAACUGCAGGAAUGUUGUUUGCUCUUGCUAACGAUACACACAGCCUGCCCCGCCCAAGUACUGCAAUCAGCCAAUCAGACUUCAUGGAAAACUCCUCCUCCUUCUCAUGGGGUGAGGACAGCAGCUCAUUGGUGCUCAGAACUCUCUGGACAACGCCCACUGCACAGGUAACAGAGCAUGCAGCGGUGCAGGAUGUGGGGCAGGAUGUUGGUGGGCAUGUCCUGAGCAUGCCACUGCAGGUGUUCUUCAGUGUGGUGAUGGUGUGUGUGUUGUUGUUGUCACUGUGUGGAAACGCGGUGGUGUGUGUGAUGGUUUACCGCCGUUCCGCCAUGCGCUCCGCCAUCAACUGUCUGUUAGCCAACCUCGCCUUCGCCGACAUGAUGUUGGCAGUCACAGCCAUGCCCUUUGACCUGGUUACCAUGGUGACAACACAAUGGCUGUUUAGUGCCACCUUCUGCCGGGCAUCAGCCAUGUUCUUGUGGCUGUGCAUGUCAGUAGGUGUGGCCAUGUUGUUGGCAAUCAGCAUGGAUCGUUUCCUGAUCAUCGUGCGGAGACAGGAUCGUCUCACCCCACACCGUGCCAAGAUCCUCAUUGCCACCUCUUGGAUCCUCGCUUUUUUCCUGGCUUUCCCACUGUUACUAGGAUACCCGUCGCUGCAGGUACCCCCUAGUGCACUCCAGUGCGUACUCAGCUACUCCCCUGACAGCAGUUACCAUGGAUACAUCGUAAUCCUGGCUCUGUUUACCUUCUUCAUGCCAUUCGCUGUGAUGUCAUGUGCAUUUGGCACAAUCCUGAGCUCUAUUAGGCACAAUGCGCUUCGGAUCCAUUGCAACUCUGCCCUCUCCCUGUCUAAACCCCGCUCGCUCCACCUGAGUGUGGAUGUGGGUUUUAAGACGCGAGCGUUCUUCACCAUCCUGCUGUUGUUUAUGUUAGCGUUUGCCUCAUUGGCACCCCUGGUGGUGUUCAGCCUGUGUGCAGCGUUCAGUAAUGCUGUGUAUAGCGGGGCAGGGUUUUUUCAGGUGAGUGCCUGGCUGCUGAUCCUCAGCUUCUUGCGCCCUGCUCUCAACCCUCUCAUCUAUUACUGCCGCAUCAGGAAGUUUCGCCACGCCUUUUCCCGCUGGGUGCCCUCCCUCUGCAGGCUCUGCCCACCUCUGCUCAUCCAUGCCCAGCGAAGGAUCCAGCCCAGUGCUGUGUACUCAUGCAGUGAUCAUCGCUCCAGCAUUUAAUACACUCAUACAUACACACACACACACACACACACACACACACACACACACACACACACACAAUAAACCUUUACUCUGAUUUGAUUGUAAAUUUUUAAAAACUGAGUGUUUGUCACCAUUUUUCCUGAUCCUCUGCUGUGUGUGUGUGUGUGUGUGUGUGUGUGUGUGUGUGUGUGUGUGUGUGUGUGUGUGAAGGGGGAUUCUGAUUAGUGUGGUUUUGUUUAUAUUAGAUUGUGUGUAAUUUAUGAAAGUAUAAAAUGAUGUAAUGUUUGUUUAUUUUUCACCAGAAAAGUUUACAUACAGAAAAUCAGCUUCACACUUUUGUUUCGUGUGUGCUACUAAUUAAAGUGUAAAUAUUACCCACUGAACCUGAAUGCAGGAUAAUUAAAAUUCACAAUGAAUGCAGCAGAACCCUACAGACACCCACUUGCUGAAGAAGAAGGAAAGAGAGAAUAUGGUGUGUAAUGAAUGUAUUUAACAAGGUUUUUUAUACCUCCCAUCUGCAUUGUGACACACGGUGGAUCAUCGAGACACAUGAUACAGGAAGUUUUCAGUAUAAUUUGAAAGUUCAGGUUUAUAUGACAGUAAAUUAACCUUUUAACAGAAGUGUAUCAGCCAGUUGAGUGUGAGGCACAUGGUACGAAUGGCCCUACACAUACUUACCUUCAUCACAGGCUCUACAUCAUCCAUGUCAUAUACAAACGUCCCUGUGGCAAAUGAAACAAAGGGCAAUGCUUCAGAAAUGCUGGGUGUAAAGUGCUGAGCCUCCACAUGUCAUGCUGAAGGUGGAAGCUUUCAGAUUUGUUGGUGUUUUGGUUUUAUGUUUAACAGUUUAACAAAGUGGCAGAAUAAUCCACGCUUUUUGUAUUUCUGUGUUGUAGUUGUAAUGAACACAUGGAGAAAUUCAGUGGGUCUCUUUUUAACACUGUGUUACUUAGCAACAGGAGCAGGAACAAAACCUCUCUGUGUGUGUGUGUGUGUGUGUUUGUGAAAGACAGAGAGAGAGAGAGAGAGAGAGAGAGAGGGAGAGAGAGAGAGAGGGAGAGAGAGAGAGAGAGUGAGGGAGAGAGAGAGAGCCUCUGUGUUUAUCUCCUUUUAUGUUUUCUCGAUGUCUUACCACAGUUUGAGAGUUAUGAUGUUAUUAUAAUGUACUAAAAUGUUGUAGUUCUGUUAGUGUGAUGUUUACUGUGGAUCCUCUAUCAAGCCUGAUGAUGUCAUGGGGAUUCCUCUAAUGAGCAGCCCUUCUUACUGAACUCUCAGCAGAGCUGAUUAACACACUGCUAAUGCUAACAUGGCUGUGUUAAUGAGGUCUGUGUACAACACACUGAAGGGUCAAGAGAGAUAAUUACAGUACAAGCCUCCACUGCUUGUCUUUUACUUAUAACAACAUUUCAGAAAAGCUGAAACUAUUCCGUUUAGCAUUAUUAGCUUAGCUACAUAGUCAUCUAACUUUACAUACAUUUCCAAGUUCUUUCUCUCCUGCACUUCUAAAUGUUAAUAUAUAUAUAUAAAUAUAUCUACAGGACCGGUUAGGGGUAAAGGGUUAGGGUAA